GCUAUGAAUUAAAAACAUUUCUUAAGCCAUACAGAAAUAGACAGCCAAAAACCCUUUUGAUAGCAAAUAACAAAAUAAACACUAAUCGGUCGUCCGUGAACGUACAUGUGUGUGAAAAAUAUAGGUAAAAUGAUUUCAAAAUUAUGUAGAUGAAAAUGAUUUACUCAAUAUUUCCAUAUGUGAUCAAACACCAUGGAUCUACCAAGUAUUUUAAGCUUAUUACUUCUGCACUGAGACAAAAAAGCUCUAAGGGGAAGUUUGAAACGAAUACCAAAGUUUUUGCAUCUGCUCCGGGCGUCCCACUUGCGAAGUUUCCUCGAGAAGACUCGAGAGUGAAUGACAUCAUUGGAAAAAAUGUGACUGAUUCUUCAAAUGGAGAUGAGAUUCAGGAUCAUUGCAAAUCUGUAGAAAAACCUGACGUUACUCUUUCAGUUUCUGAAAAAUUAGAUGCUUCUAAAAAUGAUGAUAAAGUGAAAUUAUUAAAUACCAUAAAACCUAGUUUUUUAGAAUGGCAUAGACAACACACUGACUGGAGACUUUUUCCCUCCCAUUAUAAAAGUCUGGCAAAGUUUAGACUUUCAGGACUAGUCGUACUUACAACACUUGCUGGUUAUGGGAUGGCACCAGGACCUUUUGAUCCAAUGACCUUGUCAUGCAUGGUUAUUGGAACAGGACUCACAUCAGCAGCUGCUAAUGCUGUCAAUCAGGUUCUUGAAAUUCCUUAUGACUCUCAGAUGAACAGGACAAAAAAUAGGGUCCUGACUAGAGGUUUCCUUUCGCCCUUCCAUGCUGCAGUUUUUGCUACUUGUUGUGCAAGCCUUGGUGCAACAAUGCUCUUCUUAGGUACAAACACCCUUACAGCAGUGCUUGGUCUCACCAAUCUUAUCCUGUAUACAAGUUUCUACACACCAAUGAAGAGGUGCAGCAUAGUGAAUACUUGGCUUGGUUCAGUAGUCGGUGCUAUUCCACCAUUAAUGGGGUGGGCUGCUUGUAUGGGAACACUCAACAUGGGUGCGUUCUUGAUGGGUGCCAUACUUUAUUCCUGGCAGUUUCCCCACUUCAAUGCACUGUCAUGGAACCUCAGGUCAGAUUACUCAAGGGCUGGAUACAGGAUGACAUCUGUCGUGGACCCCAGUCUGUGCCGUUCUGCGGCACUGCGCCACAGUAUUGCCCUGCUAAUAUUCUGCAGUGCUGCCCCCCUCCUCGAUCUCACCACAUGGACUUUUGCUUUUGACUCCUUCCCCCUCAACUGCUAUUUCAUCUAUUGCGCAUGGAAAUUUUACAAGGACGGUGACACAAAGAGCGCCCGUAAAUUGUUCAGGCUCAGCUUAGUUUAUUUGCCCGCACUCAUGUUCUUAAUGUUCAUUGGUAAAAAGUAUACUCCUCCAGUAACAUGAAAAAGUUAUUUAUUAAGUUUAAUUUAUUUUAUGAUUAGAGCAACUGUAUAAAGUAUGAAUUGUUUUAAA